UUUUAGAUUGAUGAGUUUUGUUGAAGACAGAUCUGUGUAAUGAAACACGCUGACAAACGUCAUGAAUCAUGAAGUCCCGACUCCCGACAAAAUGAGUGACAUGAGUGAUUUAGACAGGCAAAUUGAGCAGCUUCGACGGUGUGAAGUUAUUAAAGAAAGUGAAGUAAAAGCCCUAUGUGCAAAAGCUCGUGAAAUUCUUGUUGAAGAGAGCAAUGUACAGAGAGUUGAUUCUCCUGUAACGGUUUGUGGUGAUAUACAUGGACAGUUUUAUGAUUUAAAAGAAUUGUUCAAAGUGGGCGGUGAUGUUCCCGACACAAAUUACUUGUUCAUGGGAGAUUUUGUAGACCGAGGCUUUUACAGUGCGGAGACGUUCUUGCUGCUGUUAGCUCUGAAGGUUCGAUAUCCAGAUAGAAUCACAUUAAUUCGAGGAAAUCAUGAAAGUCGACAAAUCACACAAGUGUACGGAUUUUACGACGAAUGUCUUAGAAAAUACGGCUCUAUCACAGUCUGGCGAUACUGUACAGAAAUAUUUGAUUACCUCAGUUUAUCAGCAAUCAUAGAUGGCAAGCUGUUCUGUGUUCAUGGAGGAUUAUCACCCUCCAUUCAAACAAUGGACCAAAUCCGUGCCAUAGAUAGGAAGCAGGAAGUCCCUCACGACGGCCCCAUGUGUGACUUGCUAUGGUCUGACCCAGAAGAUAUGCAGGGCUGGGGAGUGAGUCCAAGGGGAGCAGGGUAUUUGUUUGGCAGUGACGUGGUGGCUCAGUUCAACCUGGCUAAUGACAUUGAUCUUAUAUGUCGAGCUCACCAGCUAGUCAUGGAAGGCUACAAGUGGCACUUCAAUGAAACUGUACUCACUGUCUGGUCGGCCCCAAACUACUGUUACAGAUGUGGAAAUGUAGCAGCAAUUUUAGAGCUAGAUGAACAUUUACAGCGAGAUUUCACUAUAUUUGAGGCAGCACCACAGGAGACGAGGGGUAUACCAUCCAAGAAACCUCAACCUGACUACUUUCUCUAGCCACGUUCUGUAAGCGUCACUAAUCACUGUAACAUAGCCAUUAUUAUCGACUGCGUGUGGAGACGGACUCUGCUGCUGUAAACGAAGACUGGAAUACUGCUUUGUCAUCUGCGUGUUUGUCGCGUGAGAGAGAGUGAGCACAGUGUGCUUGGGACUGAAUUUGCAGAUCUGAGUUUCUACUCUUUCCAGCUAGCAAUAAUUUCUUGUUUUCAUAUUCACUGGAAAAGAGACUUGAGGUCUCCAUGCUUAUAAAACUUGAAGAGUUCAGGCGCAAAACAAGAUAUAAACCAUUUUCUUUCUAGUUUUUAGUUAAAGCCAUUAUUGUAUGUCAGUAAGGGCUAAUCGUAGGCCCGCUGAUUUGCUGC